AUGUGCUUAUACGGAGAAAAAAGGGAUGAGAAAGAUGAGAAGGGCGACGGCAUGUUAAGUAGGGUGGGCGCACGAGUGGCAGGGUGGAGGGAUGCUGUGGUUGUGGGGUCCCAGAAAUUCGUGGGUGGAGGGACGGAGAUGAAGAAGAGGCCAGGAAGUGAAGCAUGCCCUCCUUCCUCUGCCUUUCAGCAUCUAAGCACUGAUGUCACGGUUGCCGCCCUGCAUGCCCUGCGCACGCUUGCCGACAUCAGUGAUGAUGUGGCGCGCAUCAGUGAUGAUGUGGCGCGCAUCAGCAAUGAUGUGGGGGGGGCUGCUGAACCUUCAUUGCGCGAGGGAAUUGCGUUGGAGGCAUUGCCGCAGCUGAGGCGUGCAGGGAUGGGUGUGGGGGGUGGGGGAGUGGAGAGCUACGAGCAUGGGAAGGAAUGGACAGAUGUGGCAGUGGGCGUGGGUCUGCUGUGGCUCUCUGAAAUGCUCAUGUGCGCUGUCAGGGAUGGGGAGGCCGCGAGGCAGGCAGUGAAGAGUGGUCGGGCGGGAGUGGGCUCAGGGGAAGUAGGGGGUGCGGGCAGGAAGGGAGAGGCGGGGAGGCAGGGAGGGGGAAAUGGAGCGGAGAGUGUGGGGAUGACUGUAGCGACUAUGAAAUAUCUUGAGUCGCUGUGGAGAGGAGGGAAGGGAUCAGAGGGGGGAGGGUCCUCAGCCUUAGCUGCAGAUCAACCCAGUGGGGUUGAUCCUUCUGGGAAAGCUCCACAGAACCAUGCAGUGCCAGAGGCUGCAGUGCGUGGGGGAGAGUUUCUCAGCAAGCAAUCGACUGACAAGGGGUUGCAUGGAGGGGCAGGUGGAGCGAGUGCAAGUGGGAGUGCAGGAGAGAAGUCGUCGUGGUGGGCGUAUGUGAACCCGUGGGGUGGGUCGGGAGCUGCAGGAGCAGGGGGACAGGCAGCGGGGACAGGGUCUGGGCAGGCACAGGGAGGAAGGGAGAAGGUUGUGGUGGGGCGGGCAGGGCAGAGGAGUGGGGCAGUGAGCGGGACGGUGACUGGGGAGGUGGUUGGUGCGCUGGGAGGGGCGUUGAGUGAGAAGCACCGCGCAGUGAGGGACGAGGCUCUCAGGUCCGCCAGCACUGCUGUUGUCCGCCUGGGUGAGGCGCUUGGGAGCGAGGCGUGGGGAUGGGGGGGAGAGGGUGGUGGGAGGGGAGGUGUAGGAGAACUGAAGAACGUACGGGGAAAAGGGCAUGGCGCCAUGGAGUCUGGGGAGGGAAAGGGCAGCAGAGUGCGUUCAGAGGAGCAAGAGGUAGACGGCUUGGGGCGAGUGGGUAUGAGGGAGGGUUUGGGGGAAACGGGAGAAGAAAAUUCUGUACCAGUUGUAAGCGAUGCAGGUAAGGCCAGCAGCAGAUCCAGCCCAGCUGCUGGUGGCGCUCCUGCUGCUGCUGUUUCUGGUGCCACUGGUAGAAAGGAUGCUGAUGCUACAGUGAAUGGUACUGUAGAUGAACUGGUUAAAGCAGCAGAAGAGGAGCAUGAGCAUUUAAUGGAUCUGCUGGGCUUUGAAGGAGGGCUGUACUCUACACGGUCAGGGCUGGUAGCUUCUAACGAGGAUAAACCUUCAGCCAGUGAUGAGCCUCCACGUGUGAAUGUUGUGGAAGCUCUGGACGCGGCUGCAGCAGCGGUGAAAGCGCUCGCUGAGCUGGCGAGCGAGGAUUGGGAGAUGCAGGAGCAGCUGGUGGCAGGUGGAGGGGUGGAGCUGAUGCGGCGGCUGCUGAUUGGUCGGGAGUACUGGGAGUGGGUGAGAGGCGAAGAGGAGGUAAGGCGUAGGGACGGAAAUGGUGCUGCAAGGGGCGCUGAGGAUGGGGCUAGGAAGGGUGCUGUAAAGGGUUCUGAGGAGGGAAGGAGUCAGCUAGAAGAAAGAAACCAAAGCAGCAGCAGCAGCAGCAGCAGCAGCAGCAGCAGCAGCAGCAGCAGCAGUGACGAUGGUGAGAGCAGCAGGAGAGAAAGUGCUGGGGAAGAGUGUGAGAAGAAAGGCCUGCUGCUAGGCCUCACUGCAGCUGCCACUCCCACUGCCACUCCCACUGCCACUUCCACUGCCGCCGCCACGUCCAAGCCAAAGUUUCCCCUAGGAUCCCAACCCGCCAGUGCCACGUCAGCAGCAGUGACAGCUGGAGCUACAGUAGCUGCUUCUGCUGACGUGGCAGCAGAAGAGGGGUUGGAAGCGGCCAGGGCGAAGCUCACAAGGCUCCAAAGGAAUGCCGCCCGGCUGCUGGCACAGCUGUCAGCUCACCCUGACUCGUGGGCAACCAUCGCGAGAGACCCGCUUCUGAUUGGCUGGCUUGAACAGUGCACCACAGGCGGGGUGCGCGAGGAUGCGAAGGAUAGGAGAGGCCGAGGGACCCGUGGCAUGAGAAGCUCAGAGCAGUGGGACUCGGACUCAGAAGAGUACGAUCGUCUGCUUUGUGAGGCCUGUGUGAGCAAGAAAAUGCGCUCCAAUGCCCGCAAGGUGCUCUCACACGCCGCUCCCGCCGUGCAUGCUCUGCAUGCCCCGGAGAAAUCGCAUGCUCUACCAGGACCUGCAUCUGUCGCUGCUAGUGCUUCCACGUCAGCUCCAGGGUGCCAUGAUGAGGGUGACGUGGCGGUGCCAGGCUGGCACGAGCCAGGGAACCAGUUCACGCCAAGGUAUGAUGAUGGGAUCUUCUUUGUCAACCCCACCAGCCCAUGGCUCCAAGCCCACUCCCUCCCUUCCCCCCUCUCCUCUCCCUCCCCUUCCUCUACCUCGUCACCUUCCUCCUCCUCCUAUGUCGCCUCCUCCUCCUCCGCCCCAGCCCGCUCCUCUGUGAGCAAGCCCCCUGCGCCUGUCCUGGAUGUGGUGUUUGUGCACGGGCUGAGGGGCGGCCCUUUCAAGUCGUGGCGCAGGGGAGAGGCAGUGCCUGCUGCAGCACCGCCUCCAGGAGCACCUGUGGCGCCUGUAGCGAAACUGCCAGGAAAAGAGCCGACCAUAGCAGGGAUAGCUGUAGCGAUACCGCCUCUGGUGUCGGGCCCUAGUGAGGAGCAAAGGUUAGAGGGAGAAAUGGAGGAGCUAAUACAUGGGAGAGGGGAGAGUGUGGGGGAGGUGGAGCCAUCACAGCUGCUGGAGGAGACACUAAAGGAGGAGGAGGAGGGGGGCAAGAAGGGGUCAUGCUGGCCAUGUGACUGGCUCGCCAGGGACCUGCCUGAGGCACACAUCCUCACCACCAAGUACAGGACAAAUCUUUCAGAGUGGGCAGGGGCGACCCUUCCACUACAGGACAUCAGCAUCCUCCUGCUGCGCAAGCUGGUGGCAGCAGGGGUGGGCGAGCGACCCGUGGUGUUUGUGACGCACAGCAUGGGUGGGCUCAUCGUUAAACAGAUGCUCGCCCUCGCGCGUGCCAGUGACCUGCCGGAGAUUCGAGCCAUGGCUGACAGCACAGCCGGCAUUGUCUUCUACUCGGUGCCGCACUUCGGCAGCAGGAUUGCAGACAUCUCCUGGAGAGCCCGAGCCGUGCUGCGACCCGCACCUUCGGCGGACUGUCUGCGCAUGUCAUCACCGCAUGUGGAGGGUCUCAACACCAUGCUGAGGCACAUGCACAAGCAGGGCAGGAUCCAAGUGCUCUCCUUCGCUGAGACGAAGGUCACGCCUCUAGGGAAGACGUACGGAGGGCUGACGCUGCGACUGGAGGUGGUUCCACUGGAGUCAGCCUAUCCGGGAUUCGGGGAGUUUGUGGUGUUGGAUGGGACUGAUCACAUCAAUGCUUGCAAGCCAGUCAACACUUCCGAUCCUGCUUAUGCCAAUACACUUGAUUUCCUUCUCAAGCUUCGAGAUGCCGCUCAAAAGAAUGCGGUACAAUCAAAGAGGAGCAAGUAG